AUGAGGGUGGGAGCUGCGACACUGGCUGGGGGGAUAUUUGGGUUAUUAGGGACUCUGUGUUUCUUCCUCGCCUUCGGGACAGACUACUGGCUGGUGGCCAGUGAGGACUGUGAAGCGUAUACAUGGCCGACAGAAACAACACUAAAAGAUGCCAAUGAGACUGAGAUCCAGUUAGGGGAAGCUGUCACUGAAUCUCCCCCAUCUCUCUUUCUGCACCACGAGGGCUUCUUCUGGAAAUGUGUGUUUGACGUGGAGCCCACAGCACAUGCAGUCCUGGCCACGCUCUUCACAAACCAGCCAGAAGAAAAGAUCUGUAUCCAUGGUUACCUCUUCCCUCUGCCUGUUGCAGUUGGACAGGUGUCUCAUCCAAGAUAUGAUGAUGCAGCAGUGCUUCGGGGUUUCUGGACCGUGCUGAUAAUCCUCGGCCUGGUCGCUGCUCUAACCGGAGGCUUCCUUCUGGUCUGCGGUGUCCCCUUCUUCAGCCACAAACUGUACAAGCUGGGCGGAGCUCUCCUCAUCACUGCUGCCUGCUUGUUCCUGUUCGUGCUGGUGCUCUACGUCCUGUGGAUGGAGGUGAUGGAUGUGAGGAGCUACAUCCUGCAGGAGAGCGCAGAGAGAUGUAAACAAGUACAGGUCUCGGUACAGUAUGGCCUGUCAUUCAUGGUGGCGGCCGCUGGCGUUCCUCUGGAGCUCAUCUCUGGUAUGAUCUUCAUGCUUGUGGGCCGCGCGCUGCGUGCCAGCAAGUGA